CCUGCGUUAGAAACUUGUCGCCCUUUUUUUGGCCGCAACAAAUGAAAUGCGUUUCCACCGUCCGCAGGAGAGUAGCUGCCUUCUGUGAAAACAACAUAGAACCAUGACAACUCCACCGGUCCGAGUGUUUCGCUUUGCGCAUGAUCUCCCACAAAUGUGCGACGCGGAUCGCUCACGCUUGCAAGCAGUCGCUCCUGCCCGUGCCUCCUCCGCGAACACCAGGCUGGUGAUGUUUUCUUCGUUUUGCUUCUUGUUUACCAGCGGUCCAGUAGCGCACGCCACCUUCGUUUUUCCGCAGGAAGUAGAGCAAGCGCCUGUGGGCCACGAAGAUGCCCUCGUCGUGGAUCGCCACUACGGGUCUACGCUUUCGUCUCGACCACUGCAAGUGUCCGACAGCAUAAUCUCUAAUGCAAGUAGGACGUCUAGUACUUCAAGAGUAGCAUCAAAUUCAAACGACCCGGAGCAAGUAGCAAGAACUUCGGUAGAAGCGCGUGGCACUAGUACCGGACCACAAACAACAGCAGCGCACCCAGGUUCUUCGGAACACCAGCAGCAGCUCCACCAGCAGGCGCCUCUCCCAAAGAGAACAAACGCAGUGGACAAUUUCUUUCACGGCUUGCGAAACGGCUGGUCUAGGCUGUUUGCAGAGAAUAAUGGCAAUGAUAGUGCGUCGAAUGCCGGGCGUGGCUAUCACGUUCAUGGCACGAGCUCCACCUCCUCGCCGAAUGUCAAUCCCGCGUCUGCGCGACAUAAUUUUGCUCCACAUACCGCACGGGCCCGGUUGAUGGAGGUUCAGGGACCCCCAUCAGCAUCACCCGGCACUGGAACUGGUGGAAUCCCCUUUGGGCCAAGAGACAAUCCCGCAGGAGAACAACCUCUUUCUUCAUCGUCUCAAGGUUGCAUUACCAGGACGACUUCUGCGACCACGUCUAGGGGGCACAACGUCAACAACAGUCGGGGAUACAAGAAUUCAGGGGAAAAAAAUGGAAAUGCACCUGGAGCGUCAACUUUUUUUCUGCACCGAAAUAACAGCUCCACCUCGUCGAACAACCACGCCAAUGGUAAUCAUGUUCGGUCCACUGCCUCGUUGGGGUUCUUCCUGGACCCGCCACAAGAACGAUCCGCAGUGCCGCAAAUCCCAGCCGUUGUGCAGCCGAAGUGGAGAAAAGAUGCGUUGAUGAAUGUGGAGGCUUAUCAAAAUGAAAAAAGCCCCCACCCCAUAUCAAAUGGGAAAUCUGUGAUGCAGGAUUUGUGUACAUAAAUGUGCGCUGUCUUGCAAUACGGCAUCGCAGCCAGAUCCGCAGCCUAGGGAGGGGCGUUUGGGUCUAGGUGCUUAGCAUUACAAACGGCUCCCCUUUAGGCCUAACAGCAUGACAAAUCGCCGCCAUAAUGGGGCGGAAGCUUCUGCCCUUGUCUUCUUGCAAGACAAGACGCGACUUGUGACCUCAAAUCCGCAACACAAAUUUUUGGAAGCAUACCUUUUCAAUAUGGGGAGGGGGGAUUUUUCCUCUCAAUAAGGCUCGUCCGACGUUCACCGAUGAUGAGGAGGAGGAGGAGGAAGAUGCGAAAACCAUUCCACCUCUACCCGCCAGAGGAUAUCAAAAAUCGCACAGUAUUAACGGGCUGGUGCAGCAGCUACCAGCACCAGAAGUGAGUAACAAAAACAUGGCCGGCGCGUACCACUCCAGAAGGAAUCUCGCGAGACGUCAGUCGGAGAAUGCAAAUUCUGCAGCUGGAAGUGUUUCAAGUUCAACCGCAUCUCAGCAUCAGCUAAACGAAGAAGUUGACGAGAAGGCAUCCACGACCCUUUGCUCGAUGGACACUGAAUCGAUCAACUCCGAUUGCCUACUGCUGCGCCGCAUCGGAGGUACUACGACUGGGGGAACGGGAACAGGAGCAACUACCUCAACAGGAAAUAGCAACAAGACUGGGAGGAAACAGAAUGUGCCUGGCUACCAUCACCACCUCACUCUCAGUGGUGAAGAAGUAGAACAAGACGCGACUCCCAGCACGGAGAUCGACAGUCCGGGGUGGGGAAAUUUAAGCACCCGCCCACCGACCUGCGCGUCAACUUUGAGUUCCGUUGCUGCGUCACCGAUAGGCGCUGCCGGGACUGGAGGAGGUGCUGGGGGUUAUAAUCCGUACCAGGGAGGAGCAGGAGCUCCUGCGGGCGACUACCUUUUGAACAAGUCUGGGGACAACUAUGGUGCAGCCACAUCGAAGCGGGUCGGAAAUAAGAGGCCGUCCAGCUGCACAAGUUCCAGCAGUUGUUGUUCAACGACCACGGGCGGUUAUCAAAAUCACUUAAGUCCAGGCCAAGGAGCCGCGUCAUCAACUACUUCAUGCGGCGGCUACCGGUCCUCCGCGACGCAGAAACAGCUGUUUCGAAGGGGUGAGUCGACUGUCAGCACGAGGUGUCCGGACAGUUCCUGCUGUGCGGCGUCUACUUCUACAUCUACUGCGAGGUCCUCCUGCUCCCGAGGAAGGGAAAUAAAUCGAGGCGAAGAACGGGAGCGCUACGCGUUUUUCUCUUCUUCCGAUGAAAUGGAGCAGGCUGGUUGCUGUGCUGGUCGUGUAGAGGAAGAUCAAGAGAAUUUGCAGGAAGAGUGCUGUCGGACGGAAACGGAAUCGCAGCUGCAAAAUAUUAACCAAGAUCAGCAGCACAGCGUCAACAACGCGUCGUCGGCGAGAGUGGAAAAAUCCGGGCACAAUAACUAUCCAGAUUCUUCAGAGCAGACCUACAUCAAGCCCAUUGAAAACCACAUCCCGGAGCCACCUUGCGUUGGAUCAGAGAUGCAGCGAGAUCACUUGCAGCUAUUAAGGGAUAAUGCAGGGACAGCUACCGGGACAUCAAUUGGGUGUGUCGACGGAAGGGAGCAUGAUGAGCAGCCACCUGUUCUUCCCCCGGUGGCGUCCUCUGUGCUGCACCAGUCAGUAGUGUCCUCUGAUGUUGUCCCUGUCCAACCUCCGGCUGCGACUGCUUCAGCAAUCGCCCGAAACGCAGCCCUGCUACAACUACCGAUAAAAAGAACAGCUGCCGGUCAUGCUCAUGCACCCUCCGGGAGGAAGCAGGCCAAGGCGGUGCAGCUUCUACUACUUCCGGGAGUUGAGUCGAAGAAAAGGGAGGAAGAAAAGUUGAGGGAAAAGCAGGAGAUGGAUCAGGAGGAAAAAAAACAAGACGAUUUGCGGUUGCGGCAGCUGCUCUCGAACACACAACCAACAGAAGACGAACAAUACGAGAUGAUUCCCGGCGGCUCUACUGGACACAUCAUUCCUAGCCCUCUGUUUGUUCGUGGUGAAGAAGACCUUCACUUGCGGGCACUUGAACGCAUCCGGCAAGAAGAAAGGGAUCAGAAAGCAUUAGGAGUAGGAGAACCUCUCAGCGAUAACUUCUACGAUGGGAACAACAUAAAAAUUGCGACUUUGAAUGCGAACGAGCAACAAAAAAACUUCCAUUACGGUACAUACGGCACGACGCAACCGCCCUUGCAAUUGCCGAUCAAGUCGAAAGUUUUCAAAGACAGCGACGGGCUGAAGAAGCAGAUCUCCCUCUUCUCCGCCUUUGUGAAUACCCAGACGAAACAGGUGCAGCCGGAAAACGAUAUUGCUCUGGGAACAGUCGUCUUGAACGAGAAAAUAAACCCGAUGAGACGAACGCUCAACAUUGCCAGCCGGGGGUUCGGGUUUCGAUCGCAGACUGGUGGAGAAAAUAAAUCGGCAUCGCAAGCAGCUGCACAUGAAGAGGCCGACGAGCCGCAUACUCCGGUAAAAUCCUACGUGGCCGCACUUCAGCAACAACAGCAGCAGGACGAGCCGCACAGUCCGGUAAAAUCCUACGUGGCCGCACAGCAGCAGGGCCGCAGCAGCACAUCCUCACAGUAUCUUUUGACAAAGCCAGCAAGUAGUCGAGCGGGUGGUCCUUGUGGUCAUGACAACAUCAUUCCAAAAUCGCUCCAAUUUCCCGCAGAGCUUCUUGCCGAGCCUACCCCGGACGAAGUCCAAAUCAAAAAGCAACUAGAGCAGGACAUUGUCCUCGAAACGGUGAGGGUAGUCGAGUGCAAUUUGCCGUUGUUGAAGAGAAAUUUGAUGCGAGCAGCUUCUAACGGCAGGACGAGGUCCGCGGGGAGUUUCGUCAGCGGUGUGGAUAGUGAGGAGGACAUUGCGAAGCUGCGGUAUUUGGAAUUUGAGGAGAUGGCGAAGAGGCUAGUCCAAUCGGUCACCUACCGGAUCAAAACGAGUCAGCACUACCGGAAAGUACCGAGGGAGGAGCACGAACAGGCGUGGGAUAACGGGCAAGAGGAUCCGAGGGGGCUGCUCAGUGAAGAAGAGAAGGUGAAACAGAAGUUUUUGAACCGAUUGCUGCGGGAAGAACAGGCAAAAGUGUUCGGGUCUCCUGGGUGGAGCGAAGAUGCUUCGUACGCCACGUCGGGCACAACCUCCGCAUUUACUCCGUCUGACAGUCCGACUGCUGAACCGGGUAGUGAUGACACAGCCGACUUGAAGAACAGCGACAUGGAAAUGGGAGAAGAAGCAGCUGCGGAUGUUGAUGAAGCAUCUAGAUCUACAGAAGAAACUCAAGAUAAAAAUUGGAUCACCUGGGAGUCGCUCGCCCGAAAAUUUCUCUCUACCUUCUACACGACGUCUCCGGCCGCGCACUCGAGUGCCUCGGCUUCCAUGGACUAUGUCGCGGUGUACUUUACCCCGCAACAAGAUCGGAUGCGACGGCAUGAUGCGGGAGGAGCAGCAUCAUUCGGCAGUCGACAAACGUCCGCGCAGUCUACUACAUCUAGCACCAUAACGUCCUCCGGGGGUGGAACUGGAACAACAGAGUCGAAUUCUCGAAGUUCCUUCUCCCGUUGCAGCAGUACCACAAGUACAGUUUCCUCCAUGUCCUCCAACGGGUUUCUUGACGACAGCACUAUCGCCGGAGUGAGCAAUAAGAAAUUAGAAACCUUCUUCGUCCAGCGAUUCAUCAAACGGGCUUUGCAGGGUCGGAUUUUCAGGAGACGCGCGAGAGACUACUUGGCGGACCAACAUUUGUUUUUCGUGGACAACAAGGCGCUAGCCGGGAUUUGCAUGCGGUUUUUUGAAUGGGCCGAAUAUGAUUUGCUGCCGUUGUUCAACAAAAAUGCGAAUAAGAAUGCGACAACCUCGAAUUCAGGAUCAGCAGCAGCAGCAGCAUCACAAGGUGGAAUAGUACAACCGCAGCAAGAAGUAGUUUCACGCAGUACCAACUCACAGAACACCCUAGAAACCGCCUGCGAUCCUACCGCGAACGCCUGGACAAUUCAGCAAGUAUAUGACGCAGUGGCCACGACUUUGUACGUAUUCCUCUACCACGCAGCGGAAUCCAUGCCAGUAGCCGGGUAUAACACCGAGUCCGCGCGGCAGGGUGCAGUGCUAAUCACAAACGAGGAUAGGGAGCAAUUUGUGUUGUCCAUCAUGCUACGGUCUUUUCGCAGAUUUCUCUCCGGGGAGAGGGUGACCAUUGCUCCUCUGCCUGCCAGUGUUCAUCCUACGCCGGCACCGAUGGGGAUUCUGCCGUGAGGAGGAGUGACUGUUUGUAUUCUUUAGUCUUGAGUCUAUUAAAGCCUACCUUCGCGUGCCAUCGAGUGCAGCAGAAAAAAUCCUCCCUACUUUAUUUUUUCGCACGUUAGGUGCAGCUUCUUUUUUUGCUUUUCAAGAAAUACAAUAAGCUUUGAGAAUACACGACGAGGUCCAGGAGCAAGACAAGCACUAGUUCGAGUCUCGUACUGUUGCAUGUCUUUGUCUUUCGGCUACGCUCCAACCUCGUCGGUUCUCUGACAAUUCAUUAAGUAUCGUUGCUUCGCUUUCACAGCUGCAAUUUCAAUCUCGUAUUUAUACUACAGUUUACGUUCUCUCUCACAUCGAAAUGCAAUAUUACUUCAAGUAGCGUUUUCAGUACAGUGCUUGUCACGUUUUCAGUUUACAAUAGUUUCAGCAAUGUAUGGCGUCGAGGUACGUGCGAAAUGGAAAUCCUAAUCCACCUUUUGCAGUGCCACGACUUCAUCGAGAAGUAGUUUCCUAGUCUGACAAAUGCACCACGAUCCGAACCAAGGCCAGGGAGAUGCCCACCAGUGUGAGUAUAAAUUUCAAGUGCUUGAGUCGUCCUUUUUUUACACUCCUUGCGCUUAGUGCCACAACGAACUACAAAUGCGAAAUUUCAAUUUCAAGCCCAAUGUUAGUACAAUGAAAUGCACGCACCUUGUUGCACUCACCCAGCAGGAGCUCCUAGCUGUAGCUCUACUUUGACUUUCACAGAUAUAAAAUGAACCUAGUAUCUAGCGCCCCGAACUACACUUGUGGCACUCUGUUGAAUAAUUUGAGCGUCUCCGACCGCGCCACCACCACGACCACGUCGUCCACAACUAAAUCAUGCAAAGGUACAUUUUGCUAUUGCUUGUGGAUAAAACUAUACCUCUGCCGCGGAAAAUAAGUGGUGCAGGACGAGCUGGUGCCUAGUACUGAGAUACAAACCCAACGAAUCUUUUUCUGCAGGUGAUGUCCCUGGUCUGCCAAACCCAAAGAACAAGAAUUCUAUACGUAAUUUGCGAACUUCGAAAGCUGUAGCAGUAGCGCACGGCAGCUGACACGUGGUCGCUCCAGUAGCUGGUCUUGAAAACCCUGCGAUGGAUAGUAGAAGUUCGUGUUAAUCCACUUCAUCAAAAGCUGC